AUGGAAGCCGAUUCGUUACCGACUUCGCGACCAUUGAGUAUUGAAUCAGCCAACCUGACAGAUAUCAUUCCAUUGUAUGAUUCGAUUAGUUAUUACAAAGGAGCAGCAGUGAUUCGCAUGAUGUCCAUGAUUUUAGGUGCUCGAACCUUUCAAGAAGGCCUUCAGCUAUAUGUAACAGCGUUGAAUUUUAGUUCAGCAACAGAAAAGGACUUAUGGAAAUACUUGAACGAAGCGGCAAAUAAUACAAUUAACAUUGAACAAGUUAUGGAUGGAUGGACACGUCAAGCAGGCUAUCCAGUUCUGGAAAUUAAUCGAAUUUAUAGUGCAUCUGAUCGGGAAGGAGUCGGAAGUUAUAUGAUGAUUAGUCAAAAGCCUUUUAGCCUUCUUCCAGCGACGAAUAUCGAGCGAAAUCCAUGGUGGAUUCCAUUUAAAUACUUUGAUAGAACUUUCAAUCAAGUAAAUGAGAUUCUAUGGUUCAAUAAUACAUCAGCUACGUUGUCGAUUACUACAUCGAACUCAGAUUGGAUUCUAGCCAAUCCCGACUAUCUUGGUAUCUAUCGUACAAAGUAUGAUUCACAAAAUUUUCGUCUCAUUCUAAACCAACUUCAGAGCAACCAUACACAUAUUCCAACUGCUAGUCGAGCAGCGCUUAUCGAUGAUAUCUUUGCUUUGUCACGCGCUGCCUUGGCUAAUAUAACUGACGCAUACGAAUUGAUUAGAUAUUUAAAGAAUGAAACUGCAUUGGUCCCAUGGACAAUAGCGCUUGCUGCAAUGAAUCAACAAGAAUUAUUACUUGGUGAACACGAUAUUUUAGCUGAUGUACAACAAUACUUUCUAGAAUUGAUUCUUCCGGUCUACGAUCAAAUUGGAUGGAUUCCUGUUAAUCAAUCCACCGAAUGGCUUCGAGCUCUACUACAACCAAAUAUUUUAUCAACUGUCUGCCGUUAUGGUCACCAAAGUUGCAUUGAUGCAGCACGUAGUCUCUAUCAAAACUGGACUAUGAAUCCUACACUGAAUCCCAUUCCGGCUGACCUUCGCUUGACUGUUUACUGUACAGUUGCUCGAACAGGCUCACGAUCAGAAUUCUCUUUUUUGUGGACUCGUCUUCAAAACGAAUCCAUUAUGAGUGAAGCAUCGAAUCUACUUGAAGGACUUUCUUGCACACAAGAUCCUGCACUUAUUCUUUGGUUUCUAAAUAAACAUUUCGAGAAUGAGUCGAUCAUUCGUAAUCAAAACUUGAUAUCGUCCAUAUCAAAAGUCGCUCGUUCACCGCAAGCAAAUCAAAUAGUGUGGAACUGGAUUCGUGACAACUGGCCGAAACUUUUUUCUAAAUGGGGAAAAUCAGGAAGUGGUUUAAAAAGAAUUAUCGACGCAGUCUCCAGUCGUUUUGUCACCACUCGACAGCGUGAUGAAUUUAAAGCAUUUGCUGAUACGAUCAUUGACAAAGGUAAAAAAAAAUCAAUUUCUAUCAUAUUAUUUCUCUAA